UCGUGGUGCCCACUGUGCCACCUUCAGACAUGUGUUUUGCCUCUUUUUGUCACUAUUGAAUACUACGGCCCUACUUUCGGUCGGUACAAGGUGUGCUUUUGUAUUGCGGAGUGCGCCACAUGUCAUCAUAUGUAAUUGUUUUCUGCCUGCUUAUCAACGUUGUCGGAAUUCCUCUCUGCAAACGUCACUUGGACAAGGCCAAUCAGUGAGCGCCCUUUGACGCGGACAAAUUAAGGCCAAUCGGGGAGCGGCAGAGAGACCUUGGCGUCCGCAGGUCGCGGAGAGGUCUGAGAUCGGCUCGUGGAAUGCUGGUUAGCAUCGUACGUGUUUGUACAGCCAGGAGCGUAACACCGUGUUCCACGGAACAUGGUCAUGUUAGCACUCACACUGAGUCAUAUUUGCUGGACGCAGAAGUGGAGGCAGGCCAUAGCAGUUCGUUGCAGCCCUCCAUCACACCCGAGAGCAAUCCUGUGAGGUCAGAGGUGCAACAGCAGCAAUCCCUGAUCACAAUAUCGGGUGCAUCCACGCCAUCAACACCACCGUCCGCCGCUGAAUGGAGCAGUCACCAGCCGUUAACUGUUACCGUCCUGCCUUCAGCCGUCUCGCAAGACACACCAAGUUCAAGUGCUUCAACACCUGGUGCUACCAGCACCUCAGCAGCACUAGCUCAAACGUCAGUCCCGUCUAGUCGUAGCGUCGACCCUAGUAUUUUACCAUUUACCAUUAUUGGCAGCCCAAAUAUCAAGAAUGCUUCGGAACAAGUAGUCGACAGCGCAGUUCCUAACGUACUCGUAGAAACAAAGACAUCAGCCACUGUUCCAGGUGUCUCCCAAGCGAAGCAGUCAACCGUCCAAAUGUCAUCGGUAAGCAGUUCUACCAACGCUCCGAGAAAAAUUCUCGAGGACCAAAUCCCGACAGUGUCAAGCAAGCAAGAGAAAAGUGUUCCAGUCCAAGUUGUCUCUCCUACAAUGCCUUUGCUGGUGAAUGCGACAGAAACGGUACAAGAGAGCGAUGCAACGCUUAACAUAUCAGAAGACCCCGGAUCCUCUAAACUUAACAAUCUCUCGGAUCCAUUUAAGGAGUUGAGAGAGGCUAAUUUUACUAUUCUCUUCGUUACUAACGUUACGUCGACGGCGCCCUACGCUGUGUUGCCUUCUCGGAAGCCCACAUCCCUUCACGUCACGCACGAGGAAACCUCACAGAGACCAACCCAAAGUAAUAUGCCAAUCACUUCAUCACAACAAACGUCUUCUACCCUGGCAGCUACAACAGCAAACUCUGAAACAAGCGUUCAGUCUUUACGUAUCUCUCAAAGCACAUCAUCAGUUCCAGCAGUCCCAUCUACUGAUGCCCCGACGCAGGCAGCCCAUACAGAGAAGCAUACUGCCUCUCACAUCGAGAACACAGCUUUUCCCGUCAGCAUCGUGCCGCCCACUGAGCAAGCCACAAGUGACGCGCCAGUACUAAUGAAUGUCACUGAUUUGUUGCUUGGCGCCAACGCGUCGGGACUUCGGACUUCAACGUCUGUAGAAAUUAGUGUGACAUAUUUCGACGAACCACCUGCCCUAUUGCUAAAUGAAACGAAUGCUACAGAAAAUUCGCCCUCAGAUCAUAACUCUGCAAACGGUUCAUCGGCGGGAAAUGAGACGUACAUCAGCGUCCCAGAGAGGGCUUCUGCGGGAAACAAUUAUCCGGUCCCUACAGGCGGGAGUCCUACAUCUUCAAGCGGUCAACAGUCGAGUUCCACUGUUGCGUCACGUCAUUACAGAACAACAAAAUUGCCGAUGAUCAAACCUGCGACAGCCACUAAACAAAGCCUUACUCUCCCUACAAGAAAGACAACGAAAGCGGCGUCUGUGCACACGACAAGAAAGCCAAUCGGGCGAGGGUCUCGCGCUCCUUUCGGCAACAUGGGAAGCACGAGGAGGACGACGAAGGGAACACGUGCUACGAUUCGACCAAUCGAGAAGAUAUUCGACCGGGCACGAACAAGGCCACACACGAAACCCACAACACUGAGACCUGCUCGUGGCAUGAGGAUGCGCAUCACGACAAAGAAGCCGACCAGGAAGGGGUUCCCCAUUGGACCUAAGCCGAAUGUUAGCGAAGCAGAAUUCGACUUAACAUCUCACACACGGCUCGUAAAGGCGACCCGCGCCCCUAAAACAAAGCCCACGACGUGGAAGACAACGUUCUUUAAUGUGACAGAGCCGACUGUCUUCAACGAAAUUGAGCAGCCUGUAGUCCGGGUGGCUGGGAUUGUCAAGAUAACUGACGGCUGGGAUUGGUCACCUCUUCUCACGGACAGAAAUACUCACGAAUACAGAUAUCUUGCCUACACGACAAAGCGCCUGAUUGAGGCAGUUUUCCGGAAAACAUCAGUAGGCAAGUUCCUGUACAGAGUCCAAAUCGACGGUUUCAGCCCCGGAAGUGUCAUCGUGGAUUACUUCUUGCUGCUGUACCACCAGCAGGACCAGGUUGUCAACGCAGCUUACCUCACUCAGGCCUUCAAUUCCCAUUUGGGCCCCAACAUGACGCUGGGCGACUUCACGCUUGACCCAGCGUACACGCAGCUCGAAGUGGUGGGUAUCCAGAAGCCAAAUCCCCUCCGGUCCGCGGCGGAGCCGCCAAUACCCCAGUGGGCCAUCGCAGUGAUCGUCAUAGCUACAGCUUCUCUUAUCUUCAUCAUCCUCUUCGGUGCCGUCACUAUCUAUGGUCGCAAAUCUGAGCGUCGCAAAUACACCAGCCGUCUCCAGGAAGAUGACCUUGAAAAAAUGAGUACACCUACUAAAGAUUGGGAAGGCAAAAUGGCAGCUUCGUACGAAAAUUUUGCUGCUGACGGCAUCUACGACCUGGACAUGACGAAGGACUGUGUCAACGACAGCUACAAGGAAUCGAAAGCCCGCAACACCCACAAAAUGGAGGACACGUGGAGAGCGAAAUAUGGAGUCCUAACCAAUAAGCAGCCACGGCAUGCACGUGACACCACCUUCUAGAAAUGCACCGCCAUGCAGCUACGAAAGAUCAGCACUGUCGAACUGUCUGCAUUACAUAGGGCUCGUUCCCGAGCUACUCACAGAUGUCGAUCACUUCAGCAGUUCCGCACACGGUUGCUUCCACGGCGCCACUGUUCCAAAGUCCAGCGAGAAAUAUUUUGUUGAAAGCUCUCUGGUCCAACACAUUAGAGUGCACGAUGUUACGUUGAGGUCUUACUCAAGAAGGUGCUGCACUGCACACAAGUGAUGAAGGAGCCCCAGUGUUUACGUGCUUCUCAAUAUUUUCGUGCUCAUGGUUAUGGCGUUGGUAAUACACUGUGUUCACAUAAUCGGCGUAAGUUAGCGGUAUGUACAUUAUAACCGGCGUCCUCUCCUUACACAAAUGCGGUGUAUUGUGCAGCAGAAGGAGUAACGACACUUCGGGUCACUAUAAAUGUGUCUUCUGGUAUAUGCCUACCACAUGAGAACGCAACUACUUCCAAAGAAGGUCACUAAUAAAAGCCACUCCCCUCACUUGGGGCGCGUCCUCCGUCCUCAAGAAAAACGAAAAAUAUAAGAAAAAGGAAGUGUAGUAAUUAUUAAGUAUGAUUUACCAAAAAAUUUCAUGCCUUUCCUUCCAUGAGCCAUUCAGUGACAUAUGCCUCCUGUAAAUCUCCAGAGCAAGAUGUAAAUAUGAUUGAACUUUGGCAGUGAUAUACGUGAGCACACUUCGGGUCACGCUGACGUCCGCCCCUCUCAUAUACGUACUUUUUUUUUCGCCUGGGUUACAAAAAAAAAUGCAUUUUUUUUUCUACAGGUACCGUGUUACGCUGCUUCCAUUGUAGAAUUCCGAAGUAGAAAGGUGCUAUGACACUAUUGUCCAUAUGAAAUCAAGAAAGACAGAGACUGCUACACCGUGCAUUUACACAUUAUUAAUAAAGCGGGAGCGCAUUCGUGUUUCGAGGUUACGAUUGUGAACGCCGCAACUAUGAAUAUUUGCCAUUACCCAACACACAAGUGAGAUGUAUGCUCGUAUUCUUUAAAAAGAGCACAUAGAUUUAUGAUGCCUUCACCGACAAAACAUGUUCUACACGCUAGUCACACUAGUCCCACCAUUGUAGCUUCCCCGUGACACGGGAUUUGACGACGGAAACUACUAAACGAACAUAGGUUCAAGAUAUCUCGAAAGAAAGAAAUGAAAUGAAGAAGGUUGAAAUGUCUCGUACAUCACAAUUGAAGAUAUUCACACGGAUGUCCGGCAUCUGAAUAAUUCUCAAGUACUUAAAUAUUACGCAUUCCAAGUAUAUAACUAUUUCCAAACAGAAGGCAAAAUCUGAAUGAACAGGUUCUGCAAACUCGUCGCACACCACGUGUUACUGGAAUACGCGCAUGUGGCAACUCCUCAGGCUAGGCCGGAACGACGACGACUCACGUUGGGAUGCCGUUACUUUUGUUUCGUUCACCUAUAUUCACCCAACGCCAAUCUUUGUUUUCGUUUGAUUCUUUUCUGACUGAGUUCAGACGUUGACAUAUUUAGUUCUGGUCAAUUAGUUUGUCUUCCUACGAUCUGAAAGUUGUGUGCUCUGUAUUUAUGGCGAAUGUAGUCAAGGAAAAAAAAGACAUUGUACUGUUAAAUUUCGCAUGCCGGCCAUCGACCAUUAAGUUUUGCUUGUGUCUGUGUGGCAGCGUUGCUUAACUUGUCGCGUAAGAUAAUAAUGCUCAAAAAUACACUUACGCUCUGCGUGGAUGUUACCACAUCCCGUCACCACAUCCUUUGUUGUUACCAUGUACAUUUCAAAGAAACAACUCAAUGUUAAACAGCAGCUGAUGCUGUCACAUUACUAAGAGUUGCAUGCAAUGCUGCAUGUGAUGGUGCGCAUAAAGAUGACAGGCAACUUUGCCGUUGUGGACGCAUUCCGGUGCUCCAGUCUGGCAUUCACUUUUUAUGUGUAGUUGUUACGCAUAACGACAGUACGACUUCACUAUAUCAUGUAACAGUUUCUUUACUGAUUGCUGAUGUCUUAUCUAGUCAAUUGUGCCCGCAUGUAACGGCAUAUUUCGAGUAAUUUACGUGUUGGUUUCACUGCUAAGCUUAUCUCUCGUGUUCAUUCUCGGUAGCACGUCUCGCAAGCGCACUGGAUUUCGCGUGUUUGUCAACGCUUUCUCUUCGUGACAAGUGAAGGUUAAUUUUCGAGACUGAACCACGGUAAAACUGUCGCCGCAACUAGUAACAACUGUCACCUGUACCCUCAGAUGUGUGACAUGCAUGCCACAAAAGAGUGCUUUCCUUUCAGCUAAUGAGGCAAACACGAACAUAGACGUGCGGUAUGGCGUACUUUGGUUGACCAAUAUGUCGAAGUGCGUUUCAACUGCAGCACUAUUUCUUUUUUUCUCAUGUUCCACGAUGACUUGUAACUAGAGUGCCUAUAAGAUGCAGUGCUCCAUCUUUUAGUCCAGAGUGCUAUGAGAUGAGCAUCGUGCAUUCCUACAUAUUCACAUAUAUUUACACGCAUCCAUGAUACUCGGCUGGAUUACACCAUAUUCUUGACUUUAAAUCUUCGCUUAACUUGCUUUCCUUUUCUAUGGUAUUUGCAUCAAUGUUCCUCUAUAAUCAAACUUACGGGAACCCCUUGUUAACGCAUUUCCAUGGAGAAUUGUACAUGUUGUUCACGCCUGUCAUUUUUGGUGAGAGUGUGUUUGCAUAAAAGUCGGCACUUUA